UCCUGGUGGUGACGUAACACACAAAAACAUGGUUCCGUUGUUUUGAACCCGUAAAGCGUGCUAAGCGCUCGUGCAGCUCCGCUCCGCGCGAGGAUGCUUUCUCCACACCGAGGGGCUGCAGAAACCACCUGAAGAGACGAUGGCUCAGUCCACGGAAGCCCGCGCAGAGUCCGGACGGAGGCUGCGCUCCAUCUGCCGGAGGAUGUACGACGAGAACGAGGACCUCUCCGACGUGGAGGAGAUCGUAAACAUCAGAGGGUUCAGUGUGGAGGAGAAGCUCGUCAGUGACAGCUACAGCGCAGACUUUGUCCAUAUAAUGGAGGGCAAAGAUUUCACCUAUGAAUAUGUGCAAAAGGAGGCCCUCAGGACUCCACUCAUUUUUAAAGAGAAAGAUGAAUUAGGGAUCAGAAUGCCUGAUCCAGAGUUUACAGUCAAUGAAAUAAAAGGAUUAGUUGGCAGUCGACGCUCUGUGGACGUGAUGGAUGUGAGCACUCAGAAAGGCUCAGAGAUGAGCAUGGCUCAGUUUGUUCGCUAUUACGAGACGCCAGAAGAAGAGCGAGACAAACUCUUUAACGUCAUCAGCCUGGAGUUCAGCCACACGAAGCUGGAGAACCUCAUCAAGCGACCUAAAGUGGUGGAUCAAGUGGACUGGGUGGACAACAUGUGGCCUCCUGACCUGAAGCAAAGCCAAACAGAAGCCACCAACAUUAUUUCUGAGAUGAAGUAUCCCAAAGUCCAAAGGUAUUGCCUGAUGAGUGUGAAAGGCUGCUACACAGACUUCCACAUCGAUUUUGGGGGAACCUCUGUUUGGUAUCAUGUAUUCAAGGGCCAGAAAGUGUUCUGGCUCGUGCCUCCAACUCCACACAACCUGGCUCUUUAUGAGGACUGGGUCCUUUCAGGCAAGCAGAGCGACGUCUUCCUGGGAGACCGAGCCGAUGGAUGCCAGCGAGUUGAGCUUAAACAAGGAUGCACCUUCUUUAUACCGUCUGGUUGGAUUCAUGCCGUCUACACUCCAGCGGACACGCUGGUGUUUGGAGGCAACAUUCUGCACAGCUUUAACAUUCCUAUGCAGUUUACUAUCCACGAGAUAGAAAACCGGACUAAGGUUCAUUCCAAAUUCCGUUUUCCUUUUUACUACGAGAUGUGCUGGUACGUCCUGGAGCGCUACCUGUACUGUUUGACCAAGAGGUCCUACCUUAUUCAGGAGAUCCGUAAAGAGCCAGUCGACGAUGAAGCAAAGACAAAGACAGAGAGCCUUUCCUCCGACUCCAUAAGUCAGGACACAAACGAGGAUUCGUGUGGACCCCAGGUCAGGGAGGACCAGGAAGAGAAAUGGGAGCGAGCAGCUGAAGAUGGCCCCUGCUCGCCUGACGACGUGAAGCUCCUCAAAUCUGUUUUAUCCGUUGUCUCCGAGGACAGCUGUAACCCCGGCUCUGCCUUGUUGGAUUCCCCUAAAACCCCCUCGGACUCUCCAGCCUCAGAGCCUCAGAGCAGGUGGACUCAUUUGACCCAGUUCGAGCUGAUCGGACUCAGGACGCUGAUCGAGAAGCUGGAGUCGCUGCCUGAAAACAAGAAAUGUGCUCCAGAGGGAAUAGAGAACCCUCAAGCUCUCCUGGAGGACAUGAAGGUUGUGUUGAAGGAACACGCUGAUGAUGACCCGAAGUUAGCAAUCACUGGAGUUCCUGUGGUGUUCUGUCCAAAGGAAGCUACAAAGCCUCGGCCUCCCAACCGGCCGAAACCCAAGAUGGCGGCCUCCCCUGCCUCAGCGGUCAAGCUGUCGGCCAGCCGGGGAACAUCUGGUGCCAGGAGGAGGAGGACCCGCUGUCGGAAGUGCGAGGCCUGCCUGCGGACGGAGUGCGGCGAGUGCCACUUCUGCAAAGACAUGAAGAAGUUCGGCGGGCCGGGCCGAAUGAAGCAGUCCUGCAUCAUGAGGCAGUGCAUCGCUCCUGUUUUGCCCCACACAGCCGUGUGUCUCAUCUGCGGCGAGGCGGGAAAGGAGGACACGGUGGAGGACGAAGAGGAGAAGUUUAACCUGAUGCUCAUGGAGUGCUCCAUCUGUAAUGAGAUUGUCCACCCUAACUGUCUGAAGGUCAAAGAUUCAAACGGAUUAGUCAACGAUGAGCUGCCAAACUGUUGGGAGUGCCCAAAGUGCAACCACGCGGGAAAAACUGGGAAAGCCACAAAGCAAAAAAGGGGGCCAGGAUUUAAGUAUGCCUCGAACCUCCCCGGCUCCCUCCUCAAAGAGCCGCGCCUGAACCGGGACCCGAAAGAGGAGCCCGACCCGCUCCCGGCGCUGGCUCCGCCGCCCGCCGCCGCCCCCACGCCGACGACCGCCGUGAAAAGGAACGCGGAGCGGGAAGUCACCUCGAAGAGGAGCGACGAAGAGCCCCCAAAGAAACGGCCCCCCCUGCUGUGUCUGGACGGCGUGCCACGAGCAAGAGUCGACGACAAUCCGCUACGGAAGAAAAGGAAACUGUUUGACACCAACGAUGAACCUGUGAUUGUGAAAAAGAAGAAAAAGCCUUCGAAACCAGAAGAUCUGUUCGGUUUGAAACUCUUGCAACACAUCAAGGCAGAGAAUGAUCAUGGCGAUGAAGACGAGGACCAGGAGGAUCACGAGGAAGAUGGGUUAACUUUGGACAGGACGCGUUUCAGGGAGAAAAGCGAGUACGACGAUGAAGUGCAAGAAGAGGAUAAAGAGGAAGAGGAGAAUGUCACGAAAGGGAGAGACGGUAGUGCAGAGGACAAAGCUAAAGUGCUGAUAGGUCCCCUGCUGAGAACUGCUUCAGCCAGAGAAAGUGACCAUUCGUCCUCCAACUCCCCCAGAGCUGGACCCAGCAGCGAGUCAGGAGACGUCCACGAGAGGAGCCCUGCGCAGCUCAAAGCUCGCCACCAGCGCCGGCGUCUCCCCAACAAAGGACCGAGCAAAGAGUUCAGCCUGGAGGUCGUCAAGUCGGAAGACUUCAAAAAGCACGCCGCAGAGAAGACGGACAACAACUCGGCUGCUCACCAUCGCAGGCAGCUGAAGACUGAAGACUCUGUGACCAAUCAGAACUGUAAACCACUAAAAACAGAAGACCCGGCCACCAAUCAGAGUCGCCGAGCCCUUAAAGCGGAGGACGGUGUGGCCAAUCACCACCGGCAGCCUCUGAAAACAGAAGACUGUCUGACCAACCAGAACCACAGUCCGGUAAAGUCCGAACCCCAGAGCGAAGCGGAGGACCACAAACCGAAGUGGCCUCUAAAUAACGGCGGCAGUGAUCUGGGGGACUGGCUGAGGCACAGGGGGCGGGAGGCGUACGGGACGCCGCGGGCCUGCUCCCCUCUCAGCUGGAACAGAGGCCCGCCCAUCACGCCCAUCUGUGCCCGCCCCCUGCCCCGGCGGUCGCCCCCAAAAUGCAUUCAAAUGGAGCGCCACGUGAUCCGACCCCCACCCAUCAGCCCCCCGCCCGACCGGCUGUCGCUGAACAGCGGCGAAGCGCACGUGAUGCGGCGGGAGACGUGGAUGAAAGUGUUCAGCCACCUGACUCACAAAGACCUGUGCGUCUGCAUGCGGGUGUGCCGGACGUGGAACAGGUGGUGCUGCGACAAACGACUCUGGAAGCACAUCAGCCUGAACCGCUGCAAGGCGAUCACGCCGCUCAUGCUGAGCGGCAUCAUCCGGAGACAGCCUGUAGCUCUGGACCUCAGCUGGACAAACAUUUCUAAGAAGCAGCUCAGCUGGCUCAUCAACAGACUUCCUGGUCUGCGUGUGCUGCUCCUGUCGGGGUGCUCCUGGGUGGCCGUCUCUGCUCUCUGCACGUCCAGCUGUCCUCUCCUGCGAACGCUGGACAUCCAGUGGGUCGAAGGGCUAAAAGACGCCCAGAUGAGAGACUUGCUGUCCCCACCCACAGAUAACAGGCCAGGUCAGUUAGACAACAGGAGCAAGCUGCGGAACGUGGAGGACCUGCGUCUGGCCGGGCUGGACGUCACAGACACGUCUCUGCGCCUCAUCAUUCGCUACAUGCCUCUGCUAUCCAAGCUGGACCUGAGUUACUGUAACCACGUCACCGAUCAGUCCGUCAACAUCCUGACCGCUGCGGGGACGACCACCAGAGACUCGCUCACUGACAUCAACCUGUCAGUCUGUAACAGGGUCACCGACCAGUCCCUGACCUACUUCAAACGCUGCGGGAGCAUCUGCCACAUCGACCUGCGCUACUGCAAACAGGUAACCAAGGAGGGCUGCGAGCAGUUCGUGGCAGAAAUGUCCGUCAGCGUUCAGUUCGAGCUGAUCGAGGACAAACUGCUGCAGAGAAUCAGUUAGGGCAGAGGAACACACGGUGGCAGCAGACACAAAGACAAUAAAUAUCCCUGAGACAAACAAAACGUCUGCAUAUCUAGAAUGUAAAAAACAAAAAGGAAAUCUUGUCAAGAACUGGCAAUUUUACCCAAAACGUUUUGCUGUUGCACCUGUUUUAUAUGUUAUUUAUUUAAAAAAGACAGUUUAUGUAUUAUAUCCCAGCUCUCUCUGUGUGUUUAUAUAAUAUUUUCUGUUCAAAUGCAAGCUUUAUUGCAUUUUAGAUGAAUAUUUUUGUAUCAGAAAGUAUUUCAUACUAAUAUGUGCAAGUAUAAAAUGCACUGAUGUACAGUAUCAUAAAGCCAAGAUGGAUAGUAUUUGCAAAAGUUGAAUUAUGUUGCAUUUUGUGACUUUAUGUGGCCGUUUUUAUAUUUAAAUAUAUGUGCCUGAACCUUUUUGACCAAGGUACAGUAUAUUUACUUUUUCCAUAUUAUUAUAACAUGUUCAGAUGAGAAAUACUGUGUAUGUAGUUGAAAGACUUCAAAAAGUUCUUUGCACUCAUACGGUAAAUACAAAUACACGAAUGUACUUCCACAUAGACACUCCAGUGUACAGUGUACAAAGCAUAUUUUUUCACCACUAAAAUGUUAACGCUAUAUUUACAGAGUAAUUUUACUAACUGCUUGUGUUUGACUGAGUUUCACUGUACCUUCCCUGCCAGCGGUAAAAGCUCUGCAUGCAGCCACGAAGUGUUUACAUCCAUCAGUAGAUUUAUUAACGGUUUACCAUUAAAAGUGUCUGUUUUACUUCUGUUCGCCCUUAAUGGAGCUCCAUGUCAUGUAAAGUGCAGUGCUGACUUGUGCAAAAGAAUAAUCAGCAAAGCCAAAAAAAUAAGCUAUUAUAUUGUACGAAUCCUCAAUCACUCAAGUUUAUAAUAUAUAAUAAAUGAGCCAGUUUCUUCCUGUU